CUAGUUAAUGUAGUAGUAGUACUAUACUACAGCUAGUCCACUUCCUUUCUCUCUCUCUUUCUUCUUCACUUCAAUCUUCUUUCUUCCCAAAAAAACAACUCUCAAAAUGGAGCAUCCAUUUUUUAUGAGCAACACCGGAAACACUUCACGUGCAGAAGCUAUACGGUGGUUAUCAAUAGCUGAAAAACUAUUAACUAACCGUGACCUAGUGGGGUCAAAGUCAUUUGCGACCCGUGCCCGUGAAUCUGACCCGACCCUUUUACCAGCUGAACAAAUUAUUGCUAUUGUUGAUACCCUAAUUGCUGGUGAUAAACGGAUCAAUAAUCAACAUCUUGAUUACUACUCUAUCCUUCAAAUCCCUUUAAACCAAACCCAUGAUUCUGAGCUUAUUGCUAAUCAGUACAGGCGUUUAGCUUUGUUGUUAAACCCUCAGAAGAAUAAUUUCCCUUUCUCUGAACAUGCUUUUCAUCUUGUUGUUGAUGCUUGGUCUGUACUUUCAAAUGCUUUUAGGAGAAGUGUUUAUGAUAAAGAAAUUGGGUUUUUUCUUAACCUUAACCCUGUUGUUGUUGUAUCUUCUCCAAGUAGUAACAGUAACCCUAUUGGUUUCAUGCAACAAAGUUCUAUGAUUUUUCAGAGUCAACAACAACAACAACCACAAGUGAGUUCUGUACCAAGUUCAAGUUCAAGAGAGAGGCAAACAGUAACUUUUCUUCAAGAACCACAACCCCAACAGCCAAUUACUUCAUUUCUUGGAAGAAACCAAACACAGCCAGUUAGUUCUACUAUGUUAAGUCCAAACAGGGAACAACAAAACCCGUUUACUUUCGGGUCAAGUACCACUAGAGGGCAACAACAACAACAACAACAAGUAGCUUUUGCAGAGUCAACAAGAGGUCAACAGGUAGCUUUUGUAGAGUCGAGAAGAGAUCAACGACAAGUAGCUUCUGUAGAGCAGCAAGGUAAUAAGCAGGCAGCACAAAGGAAUGAGGGGUUGUUUGGGAAUAGUCAAAAUUACACUGUUAGUGCUAGUAAAGGUGUGAACAACAAUGAGGGGUUGUUUGGGAACAAUCAAGAUCACUCUGUUAAUAGUGGUAAAAAUGUGAACUUUGGGAACAAUCAGAAUUACUCUUCUAGUGCUAGUAAAAUUGUGAACAGUGAGGGUUUGUUUGGGAACACUCAAAAUCAGUCUGUUAGUGCUAGUAAAAAUGUGAGUAAUGAGGGUUUGUUUGGUAACAAUCAGAAUCAGUCUGCUAGUACCGGUAGAAAUGUGAGCAAUGAGGGUUUGUUUGGGAACAAUCAAAAUCAGUCUGCUAGUACCGGUAGAAAUGUGAGCAAUGAGGGUUUGUUUGGGAACAAUCAAAAUCAGUCUGCUAGUACCGGUAGAAAUGUGAGCAAUGAGGGUUUGUUUGGGAACCAAAAUCAGUCUGCUAGUGCUAGUAAAAUUGUGAGCACUGAGAGUUUGUUUGGGAACAAUCAAAAUCAGUCUGCUAGUACUGGUAGAAAUGUGAGCAAUGAGGGUUUGUUUGGAAACAAUCAAAAUUACCCUGCUAGUGCUAGUAAAAAUGCGAACAAUGAGGGUUUGUUUGGGAACAACACUCAAAAUCAGCCUGUUAGUGCUAGUAAAAAUGUGAACAAUGAGGGUUUGUUUGGGAACAAUCAGAAUCGUUCUGCUAAUACUAGUAGCAACAAUGUGAACAGUGAGGGUUUGUUUGGGAACAAUCAAAAUCAUCCUGCUAGCACCACUAGAAAUGUGAACAAUGAGUUGUUUGGGAACAAUCAAAAUCACUCUGCUAGUACUGGUAACAAUGUGACCAAUGAGGGUUUGUUUGGGAAUAGUCAAAAUCACUCUGUUACUACUAGUCACAACAAUGUGAACAAUGAGGGUUUGCUUGGGAACAAUCAAAAUCAUUCUGCUAGUAUUAGUAACAACAAUGUGAACAGUAUCAGGGGAAAAAAGAGGGGUGCAGAUGAGCCGAGUCAUGCUGUUCCUAGUUUCUGGACUGCAUGUCCUUAUUGUUAUCUGAUGUAUGAGUAUCCUUUAGAGUAUGUGGAUUGUACUUUGAGGUGUCAAAAGUGCAAGAGGGCAUUUCAGGCUGUAAAGAUUGCCUCCCCUCCCCCAAUUAUAGAGGGACAAGAAGCUUAUAUCUGUUGUUGGGGAUUUAUGCCUUUAGGAUUUUCCGUGGAUAUUUUUAAGAAAUACAAAGGUAAUAUUUCGAGCUGGACUCCGUUUGCACCCAUUAAUAAGCAUGGCGGUGCAAGAAAGCCAUCCGCUCCGAGGGUUUAUAUUGAUGAUUAUGAGGAGGAUGUGUUUCUGGGAUUAUCAGAGUCGAGUGAGGAGUCAGAUGAUGAUUGGAAGGGUGAUAAGAAGACGAAGAAGGCAAAGAUUGGGAAACGAAAGAGUAAAAGGCUUAGAGAGAGUAAAAGGCUUAGGAGAAAAAAAGCCAAGAUACAGCAAUCCGACAAGGGAAAGAAUGUUGUAGGGAAUGCUGGUGAUGAUGUGCAAGAUGUUUCAGCGACUCAAGGGGAUGUAGAAAUACCCAAUGUUGCGACAGCUCAGUCAAGCAAGAGAGGUAUUGCUAGUAACACAAGAAGGCAAGCUGGGAGGGUUGCUAAAGAUGUUGGGAAGUUAGAUUUGAAUGUGGAAUUCAGUAAUGAGGUUGAAGAGCCUCCUGCACCUGGGAUGGGCCAAGGGAAUGGAGCUGGAACAGGGGAGGAUGGAAACAUUGAAGGGAUUGAGUUUUUUGAGGGUCUUGAUGAAUUCCUAAGCAGUCUUCCUAUUCUCAAUGCCGUGGGUGAUGAUAAGGUUAAGGCUGCCUAGCGAAGUAAGGCACUUCUUUUGUUCUAGUUGUAGCUUCCUUUUGUCUUUUGUAUGUUUUAGUAAGGGAUGAAAAGCUACUCAGGCAUUUGCCUCGAUGUUUCCAUUGUAAUGCUAAUGUACUGCUAGUUUGUGCUGAAGUAGCUGCAAUAAUCAGCUUUUUGCUCCAA